AUGCCGAUCGAUUCUGACGUAUUGGUGAGGGGAAACCUGGAGAAGGAGUGGGAGCUCGAGCUUGAGCCCAUCGAGCACAGUAAGCGUCCGAUAUCGACACCCAACGAAUUUCAUAUCGGCGGUCAGGACCCAGCCAAGGUGGGAAAGGCGAUCGGGGAGCUAGACCUUGAGCUUGACACACAGGGAAAAGAAAAGGGUUCGCCGCUCUCCAGGAAUGGCAUGUUUGCCAGUGACCAUCGGGGUCGUUGGCUUCGCUGCAAAAUCGCAUAG